UUUUUUUGGUGAGUAAAUGUGAACUCAUUUUAUUUAAAACGGCAGCAUUUUGCUUAGUCAUGGCCCACAGAUCACCUUCUUGUGGACAAGUGUACUUUAAUUUAAUCAAAAGAUGUUCAUUUUUAUACAAUUCACCUCAUCGUCUCCAUGUCAACUCCUUCUCUGUAAGUACAACUAAACACAACUGCACCCUCUCUGCCAACCCUUCAUAUGUUCGCAACCGCCACGUCGUCACCUGCCCUGCAAACGUUGGCACCCACGCGGUAUCGCUGCCACUUGCCAUCACAAGUUACCUAACACCUCGCCACACACGUGUCAUUAUUAUGGCAGCUGCCAGCAACAGUAACCAGUUACUGGGUGGAGCUUGCAGAGGACGCUUUGCAGCUCAGAGCACAGCCGCCAUCUUGACUGACUCUUCAUUGGGAGAUUGUGAGCGUUUUCACAGCAGUGAAUUACCUUCAUCCGUCACAGUUGGUUCAGGCAGUCGGCAGUGCAGUCACAGCAGUGAAGUACCGUCACUCGUCACAGUUGGUUCCGGCAGUUGGCAGUACAGUCACAGCAGUGAAUUACCGUCACCCGUCACAGUUGGUUCCGGCAGUCGACAGUGCAGUCACAGCAGUGAAGUACCGUCACCCGUCACAGUUGGUUCAGGCAGUUGGCAGUGCAGUCACAGCAGUGAAGUACCGUCACCCGUCACAGUUGGUUCAGGCAGUUGGCAGUGCAGUCACAGCAGUGAAGCACCGUCACCCGUCACAGUUGGUUCAGGCAGUUGGCAGUACAGUCACAGCAGUGAAGUACCGUCACCCGUCACACGUGGUUCACCAGAUUUCCUAUCGGCCAGCAUAAGUGGUUCCUCAUCUCGUCUUUCAGCGCGUACACGCGCAGAGCCAAAUUCACAUCGUUUCUUGACCGGUUCAUGCGGUUCGCGGGCUCGUGCGUUCUCAACUGCUGCUGUCACUAUGGAGUCGCUGCAGCAGAAGAAGGCUGCCUUCACGCCUCCCGAUAACCUCGGCACCAAGGUGUCGGUGGCCGAGGCUCGACGCUUCAUGCGCGAGUGCCUGACGAGUGUAGGUGUGUGUGAGGACAAGGCUGGUCAACACGCUGACGUUCUGCUCGCCGCCGACACCAGGGGGCACUUCAGCCACGGCCUCAACAGGCUUGAGAUGUACGUGAAUGAUGUACGCACGAAUAUUUGCGCUGGCAACGCUGAUCCCGUCAUCGUGAAGGAGAGCGUCGCGACGGCGCUGGUGGACGGCAGGAAUGGCCUGGGUCCCGUGGUGGGCAACUUCUGCAUGGACCUCGCCAUAGCCAAGGCUAGGCAGGCGGGCGUCGGCUGGGUGUGUGCUAGAGGUGAGCGUCGGCUGGGUGUGUGCUAGAGAUGAGCCUCACGUGCCCUAGGCCUCUUAGGCAUGAGCUUCACCAACACUUCACCGCUGGUCGCUCCAACUCGUGCCAAAGGGCCCGCCCUGGGGACAAACCCCAUCUCUGUGGCCGCCCCUGCAGCGCCCGGUGACCCUUUCGUCCUGGACAUGGCCACCUGUACCGUGGCCGUUGGCAAGCUGGAGGUGAGCAGGAGGAAGGGGGAGCAGAUUCCCCUAGGAUGGGCCCAGGACAAGGAUGGCAAGGUCACCACGGACCCUGAACUGGGCAUGGCUGGGGCCCUCAUGCCUCUUGGCGGCCCUGAGGACAAUUCUGGCUACAAGGGCUUCGGCCUGGCCAUGAUGGUCGAGCUUUUCUGUGGCAUCCUCAGCGGCGGCCAGUAUGGCCCCAACGUCCGCCGCUGGAUGGACACGACUCGUGAAGCAGACCUCGGCCAGUGCUUCGUGGCCAUCAACCCUGAGUGCUUCGCCCCUGGCUUCGCAGACCGCAUGUCAGACCUCAUGACGCACUGCAGGAACAUGGAGCCGUCUGUUGCCUCCCGCCCGGUGCUGGUGGCAGGAGACCCUGAGCGUCAGCACGAGCACAAGGUGAAGGCUGAGGCCGGCAUCUCCUACCACAUCAACCAGAUCACCGACUCGUGGCGUCUGGCACAAGUGCUGAACGUACGGCCGAUGGCCGGCGUCUGAACACCCGUCUUCUGAUCACGACCCAUCUCAAGACCUCUUCUUUCAUCCUCACUCUAUUAUCUUUUUUUAUCCUCACUCUAUUCUCUUCUUUUAUCCUCCCUCUAUUCUCUUCUUUUAU